CCUGUUUAUGUAGUGAAUGUUGAUUGUUGACAGAAGAAUGUCAGUUCAACCGCUUCAAUUCGUAUUUUUACCAUUUAACGUGGAAAAAACGCGAAAAAUCGUUCGAAAAUUGCAUUCCCGUUGCGUAACUAAAGUGUCAAAGUACUAAUUACGUUUGCUUCACUGCCACUUUAUUGUGAAAGUUGUGGAAAGUGGUGGUAGUGCAUUUGUCUUAUGCAUUUCAACUGCUAGCUUCAAUAUUGGAGCAGGUUUUAAUGGUUUCUGAGCCCAAUGGAACUAAACGUUCCUCAGUUUAUCAAGUAGCAUACAUGUAAUUACAAAGAGCCAAACAUGCAGGUGGACGAUCCUCCGUACUUAUCCGUUGGUACCGCGGUCAGUGCCAAGUACAAAGGGGCGUUUUGCGAGGCAAAAGUCAGCAAAGUUGUCCGAAUAGUGAAAUGUAAAGUAACGUACAAAAUGGGGCUGGGCACAGCCACAGUAAGUGAUGAACAGAUCAAGGGCCCUCUUAGAGUUGGCCACACAGUUCAGGCGAAACAUGCAGAGCGCAAGGAAUUUGUCGAGGCCACGAUUGGAAAAAUUCAAGAUUGCAGCCAAUAUACAGUUGUUUUUGAUGAUGGUGAUAUCACCACCCUGCGGAGGUCAGCUCUUUGUUUAAAAAGCGGACGCCACUUUAACGAGAGUGAGACCCUAGACCAGUUGCCCUUGACUCAUCCAGAACACUUUGGCAAUCCAGUUGUAGGUGGCAGAAGGGGCAGGAGACAUAGACAGUUAAAGGAGGACAGCAGUGAAGGGGAAGCGGAAGAAGAAAACGAGCCUGAUUUAGAGGGCUAUUCCAAUGAUAUAGGACGGGUUGUGAGUGUUGAAGCCACUGAUAAGAAAAGGGGGAAGGAUAACUGGUUUCCUGGCCUUGUUGUUAUCCCAUCAGCGCAACCAACAGUCAGAAUCAACGUUAAAGAUGAGUAUUUGGUUAGAUCUUUCAAGGAUGGACGAUACUAUACUGUGCCUAAGAAAGAAGUCUCAGAAUUCAAUAGAGAAAUGGGAGAGAAAGUUGAAAGUUCUGUGCUGGCUGAAGCCGUCGGUAAAGCGCUUAAGUACCUUGAUCACAACGAAUUACCAGUGCAUUGGGAAAGAAAUUCCUUAUUUAACAUGCAGUCACUUGAUAGUGACUCUGAGGAAAAUUACAGUGAUUCCUCCGAUGAUGAGCCUAAUGAAGAAAAGGACAGGUUUGUUGCCCAACUGUACAAAUUUAUGGACGAUUCUGGCACUCCCCUCAAUAAGAGCCCCAUGAUUGCCAAUAAAGACGUUGAUUUGCACAAGUUAUUUAGGGUUGUUCAUAAGCUCGGCGGUUACAAUAGAGUAACCAACCAGAAUAAGUGGCGCUCGGUAUCAACGCGAUUAAAAUUACCAAACAACCAAAUUACCUAUAAUCAAGUCAAGAGCGUUUAUAAAAAAUGUCUCUUAAGUUACGAAUCAUUUUAUAAAACUUUGGGUGUCACCAUGUUAAAUCAUAACUUGUCGACUAAAAAAAAUCGGGGAAGGUCGCUGAUAAGAGAUAGGGAUCGUGCAACGCCUGUAAAUAGCCCAAAGCCGGAAAAAGACGAUGAGGAGAGGAAAGAAGAUGAGAAAAGUGGGUCUGAAGAUAAGGUGAAAAAGAAAACGGAAGUUAAGAAAGAUGAUGAAAAGAAGAGAAAAGAAAUUGUUGAGAAUAGCGAUACUAAUAGCAGCGAUGCCACUGACCAGUCGGAAUCAGCUCCAGGUUCUUCAAAGGAUGGUGGAAGACCUAGACGUCUGGAUAAGUCAAAGGAGAAGAAAAUCAAACAGAUCAUCGCACCUGAAAAGGCUAAAACAGUCGAAAAUGUGAAGAAGGAGGACGAGGAGAAGAUGCAGCAAACACGUUCAAAAUCCCAGCCUGUGAAACCGAAAGAGGUGGUAAACAAUUUAAGCCAAAAGAAGGAAACUAAGCCGGGGGAGACCCCAAGUAAGCCGCCGCCGCAGAAACCCAGUGCAAAGAAAAGUGACGAUGAGAAGAAACGCGGUCGAAAAAAGACCAACUCUGAUGAGAAGACAUCCGGUGUUGAGAUAGUGACUGACGUCUCUUCUGGACAGACGGUAAACGUCGGCGAUAAAUUAAAAGUGUAUUAUGGACCAACACACGAAUAUAAAGUCACGUACGAGGCUAAAGUCAGAGAAAUAGAUCGAGAUUCGACCGGUUUGGUCUAUCUCGUGCAUUACACUGGCUGGAAUACACGGUACGACGAAUGGAUUUCCCCUAGUCGUAUCGCCGAGAACCUGAGCGCCAACACGAAGGCCAAAAGGUUGAAACAAAGCAGUGCGAACGCUGCGGGAAGUACAAAGCAAAGUGCAAAUAAAACAGCGCCUGGAAAACGUGGUCGAGGGGCGUCUGUGACCACCAAAAGUGGUGAAGCUCCGAGAUCUACCACGCCAUCUAGCGUUACGUCGUCCUCAAGUCGGACGAAAAGUCCAGCAACUCCGGCCACUAGGUCAAGCAGUCGGAUGACUAGAUUAGAUUACGGUCGAAAAACUCGCCGCGCUUCUGCCCAGACUGACAUUUCGAAUCAUUCAGAGUCCGAUUCUGAUAUAUCCGAAAGCGAAGCCGAAUUAACACGAACGCGGAGCGGGAAUAAAUCCGAAGAGGCUGAAGUUAAGACGUACAAGAAGAAGGUAUCAAGGACUCCAACAGCCACAAAAUUGGACAAAAGCAAAGAAGAUGGGGACAUUGAAAAAGACGACGAGUCUGAUAGGCCGAAGAGGGCGAGAAAAUUGAAAAAAUCGCCGGAAAAAUCGGGAGAAGAUAGCGAUGAAGACACUGGUUCCAGUCUCCCCAAAGGAAGAGACUUCGAUCUUAAUCAAAUCAGAUCUGAAUUAAAAGGUUUCAAUAAAGCGGUGAAAGUUCCAUCCUUGGAUACGACUGAAAAGGAGGUUUUAUCGUCUUCAGAUGAUUCAAACACUCAGACUUGUACGAAAUUGGAACAAGUUGAGGAGAAAAAAGAAGCCAAGAUUGAAGCGUCACCGACUUCUGAUGAUAUUUACGAAUUUAAAGAACCGGAACCUUUCGAGUUUGAAUCACGUGCCAAGAUGGUGGACGACAAAGCUUCAAAGAAACGAAUUCCUAGACUUUACGAGGAUUUGGAGAAGAGUCCGAAGAAGAAGAUCAUCAGAUCUCCCGGAAAAUCGGAUAAGGACAGUCCCGACUUGGAGAAGAAAAGGUUCAGAAGGACUCCGGUUCGGAAACAGGACGAAUCGGAAGAAGAUGAGAAGAAAGAUGAAGACGAUCCGUUUGAUAAGCUUGUUGAGUCGCCUUGCUUUAAUUUGAAACCGUUGGAGAAAGUGGCUGAUAGUAAAGAAAAAAUACUGAAGGAAGAAUCAUUGACUUUGUUUAGGGAUGAGUUUAGCAGAGACAUUGAUUUAUCCGAUAGCGAAUCACAAAGUCAACCGAUUUUCUCACGUAAUGAUGAGAUUUUCUCGGGGACUUUCUCAAAAUAUUCCCCAGAUAGAAACACUCUAGACCUUGAAUUUGUGAGUAAAAUUGACGAAAUGAAGAAAGACAGUGAUGAGUUAGAAUCGAUUCGGGAAUCAAUCACUAGGAAAAUAGAAAGGACGCCUUCCAGUGACGAAUGUGAUAAUUUAAGCGAUGACGAGGAUUUGGUCAUUACGACUUCAGCAACGACUUAUCAGUCCAAGAAACGAGAAUCUGAUACCACUUCUGGGGUUUUAGAAGAUAAAACUGUUGAAAUAGCUGUUCAGGAAGAUAUUGAUGUUAAAGCUGAAGUUAAGGAAGAAGCGGUCCUUAAAAGUCCGACCACGCAUAUAUCCCCUGCUCUUCAAGAGACUGAUAGUUCCUUAUUGGAAUUUAUUUGUUCCCAACCUCUGUCAAUUACAGCAAAAUUGGAGGAAACUAAAGACUUUAACCUGAAAACUGGGACAAAAAUCGCAGAUUCGUUACUGCAAAAAUUAAUUUCGACCAAAAAGAACGACUCAGAUAGCGAAGACACGAAGAAAGACUUGGAGAAUGAAGCAGAUGCUGAAGAUAGCGCCAAGUUGAUUGAUGUUUCCAGGAUGAUAAAACAGGUCGAACUGAAGGUUAAACCUUCCGAAACCGACGUUAAACCAGUGUCAGUUCCUCCAACAAAGCCGGAAAAGAAGCGAAAAAUCGUCAAUCGGAGUUACAGAGAAGACUCAGAUUCGAACAGUAGCGAUUCAGAACAACUUGUCAUCGCGAGGUCUGACGACGACUCGCAAACCAACUUCGAUAAACCAGAUAAAGAAAGCGACAGUAACUUGUCUAUAGCUCCCAUUGCAACCACUGACGAUUCCCAGUCACAAGAAGAACAACGAAACUUUAAAUUCGACUCGCUGAAGAAAUCCGCAAGUCCGGAAGUUGCCAAAGAGGAGCAACCUGAAGUUGAGAAUGUCAAAGAGGAAGAACCCGAUUCUCAACUUCAUUCGUUACUUCUAUGUGAAGAAACUAUACCAAGAAGCCCAGCUCCGGCAUCAGAAGGAUCGAGUGUUGUUGAACAGAGGCCGAAAACCAAGUCCAUGUUGGAAAUGCCGUUUGCUAGUGCCCCCGGAAAUUGUAACAAUAAAAAUAUGUUACUGAACAACGAACAUAAAGGGGCGAAUAAGCCCCAACCACAGCCGUUAGUGUUGCCUUUGGGGGGUAGAGAAAAUCGGGAAGUUUCGAACGUUAUCACCCCACCUUCGACCCCCGGAAGUUCCACUAGUGGGGACCAUGGAGAGUUGUCUCCCAAUACGAUAGAAAACGAAAGUUGCAAAUCCAACGAUGCCGAGCUGGAUUACCCCAGGAAACGAAGAAAUUCUUCACUGAAUAAAGCCCCUCUGUAUAGCGAAGACGAUACUCAAAUGACAAGUGAAGCUCCCAGUGGGAAGAAAUCCCGCGAAGAAUCCGUACCUGCCUCUUGCCGAAAACGGCGAAAAUCUGCGAGAGGAGCAGAUGAAGUGCCGCCAAAACGCGGCCGAAAACCUCUAAAUCGGUCACGGCAUAACAGCGAUAGCGACGAUACUUCGGAACAUUCGUUGAUUGGUUCGACUGCGAAUUUAGGUUUGUCGUACGAUAGAACGUCGAAAUCGCCGCGACCUUCAAAGUACAACUUUUUCGUUGAAUUUGAUCCUAGCUUAAACAGUGGCCAAAGAAUUGCCGUUUUGCAACAGAAAUUAUCAGAACUUCGGAAAACCUACGCCGAAGUUAAAGCUGAAUUGGCAGCGGUUGAAAGACGGAGGAAAAAAAUUAGGCGAAGGGAACGUGAAGCGCUCAAAGCUUCAAAACAAGAAAUGGUUUGUGGUUGAUCGAUCCAAACUGUACCAGUGCUCUUCCAUUGUUAGUUUUCUUGAAGAAAUAUCUUUGUAAAAUAUUUUUAGUCUAGCAUAAUGAUAUUCUAUGACUUAAUGUUAUAAGUCAUUGUCUGCAAUUUUUGUACAUGUUUGUUGUCAAUUUUACUUAAGUUAAUGAUAUUUGUCUACAAUUUGUUAAUUAAUAAGGAUUUAAAAUUAUGGAAUAAUUUUAAUCGAUCUCGAUGGUACUUUAUUAUUAAUGUUCAGACUCUUCCUAAAGGUUUGUCUUAAGAUAGCGUUUUUUGUUAUUUAGAAUUUAGUAACCCCUUUGUAUAUUUUUGUUAUGUACAAUUGGAAGAAUUAUGUACUAACUUAUAACAUUAAGGAAUUAAAGUUGAAAUGUAAUUAAUAUUCGGUCGUUGCCUAUGUAUUUAAUUUAUUAAAUUUCACUAACAGAAUGUUGUAAAUUGAAUAUGUUCGGCCAUCAGCGUUGCAAUACUUUUAUAUAUGAUUUUAUUUAUUUAGAAUAAAUAGAACAAACAUU